UCCAAUUCAGAGUGCAUCAUCACUUCAUACCCGUCAGUUGAAUUAUUUCAGUAUUUUGAUAGCAUCAAGUUAAAUAUUCAUACUUUAGCAAUGAUAAUUGGCCUUUUUUUCGUGUUCGCUGCUGUUUUUGCCGUCACUGCAGUGUCAGACCCUACCCCGAAGACGACGCCAUCACCUACAACGGUAACAACGACAAUAACAACCACGACAACGACGGAUGAUGAAUUCAGCCACUGCGAUUGUGACGACCACUGUCUGGAGAGCAAAGUAAUUGGUCUGAAGAAAAAUGCUAGCGGUUCCGAGGCACUGGGCAACAACAGACUUCUACUGGAGGAUACCGAUGAAGAUGGAAAUCGUACGAUUUGCGCGAGAAAUCGGGACUUGGUGGAUCGCAGCUUUCCCAGCGUUUGUCACAUGAUGUGCUACAACAGGUGCACCAAGUACAGUUCGAGGAUGGGCUUGAUAGGCGAGAAAGUUUUGACCUUCAUCGGCGCCUACCGAGAGAAUUUCUUCAAGCUCCGCAACGGCCCGUGUUGAUGUGUACUGUUCCGUCUCUUUCUCCCCCGCCUGUGCAUCCACGUGGCGAGCAAUCUGGUCGGUCUAAUUAAAGUAAAUGGAAAAAGAAGCAUGAUACGAAAUCCCGGUUCUAAAAUAAAGAAGAAAAACCUCACCCCCAGACCUUGUUUCCCCUUACUCUGUAUCUGUAUGUGCGUAAUACACGCACGCAUGACAACAUAACACGCAGUGCCUACAGAUGUUAAA